AUGGCCCGAGACAAAUCACGAAAACAUCCACAUGGCAAGCGCCAUUUGAGUGUGACUCCACAAAAAUCCCACAGCCUCACGCAAGAUAUUGUUGAUCUCACCAAAACUGAUCCAUGGGCUCACCAUGCUAGACGAGCACGAUCUGUGGCGCCAGCCGCACCUGGCUCGGCCUCCAAAUUGUCAGCACUGUCACCAGCGCUCUCAGGAAGAAAGAGUGUAGACGUUGGAUCGGCACCGCGCUUGACAACCACGAUCGAUGUCCCCCAGGAUCCGAAAUCGAACCCUAGCUACAUCUUUCAACAGAUGGCGUUGGCGAAAAAUCGUGCGAAUGCUCGGCCUUCCUUCUACGGAGCGGUAGGCACAGAUGACGAUGAAUCUUCAGGCAGCAGUGACGCCACGGAGCGUGACGAAACUCCAACUCCAGGCCACAAGGAGGCGACGGAAAAAGACAAGCCCAAGAAAAAGAGAAAGUCCAAUGAAGACAAUAGCAAGCACAAGCUGCAAGACAGGGGCAAUGACAAGAGGCCGGCGGACAUCGGCAAAGGUCAGCGUCACGGGGACGAGGCUCGACAGCGAGAAGACAAGAAGAAACACAAGGACGAGAAGAAAAAGAAACAGCCGGCCAAACCGAAGGACACACCGACAGCUACUACAGUGGAAUCACGGAAGCGUAAACGCGAUAAUGAAGAGGCCGAGGCCUUCAAACGCCGCGUCGAAGUCGAAGCUAACGCGGUCAAGAGACUGCGCGAAAGCCUUCCAACAAUCCGCCUGAAUCGCGUGUUCCACAGACUUGAACGGCAGGAGGGUAUCAAGCCCACCGAGAUGGCUGUCCUUCUCAUCACCGCCAGAGAGACAAUCAUCGACCUUGCGAGGCAGCAGGUGUUGCAAACUGAGAGGGCGCAAAAGACUAUUCAGGACGAGUUGCUGAGGGUACUGAAAGAACAAAACGAGAGGCUGGCCGAGCUGGAGGGAAAGACCAAAUUGAGCGCCACUCAGGCGUCGGAGAGACAUGGUCCAGAGCCUCGGGUUGAGGUUAUCGACGACAGCUCUUCUUCUUCUUCCCUGGACGACAGCAGCAGCGACGAGGACAAUGUGCGGAAGCCAGGUGUCGGAAAGAAAGUCAGAAAUUCUUCACCACUGCAGAAACCGCUUGACAAAUGCCCGCCCCAGUAA